AUGGCUCCCGCCAAGAGAAACAACAGCACCAAGAAGGCGCUGCCCAAGGGCUAUGUCGAGGAUACGUCCAAGGGCCCCAUGCUGCGCUUCCAGGAGUCCCUGCCGCGCCUGCCUGUCCCCACCCUCGAGCAGACCGCAGCCCGCUAUGUCAAGUCUCUCAGGGCCCUCUACCCGGCCGAAGACGUCGCCAAGAGCGAGGCCGCCGUCCAGGAGUUCAUCCGCCCCGGCGGUGUCGGCCAGCGCCUGCAGGAGAAGCUGCUUGCGCGCCGCGCGGACCCCAAGACCAAGAACUGGCUGUACGAGUGGUGGAACGACGCCGCCUACCUGGCCUACCGCGACCCCGUCGUUCCCUACGUCUCCUACUUUUACUCCCACCGCGACGACCGCCGCCGCCGCGACCCCUCGAAGCGCGCUGCCGCCAUCACCACCGCCGCCCUCGAGUUCAAGAAGAUGGUCGACCAGGGCACCCUGGAGCCCGAGUACAUGAAGGGCGUCCCCAUCUGCAUGGACAGCUACAAGUGGAUGUUCAACUGCGACCGCAUCCCCGCCCACCCCAAGGACCACGCCGAAAAGCACAACCCGGCCAACUACAAGCACAUUGUCGUUGUCCGCAACAACCGCUUCUACAAGGUCCUCCACGAGGUCGACGGCCGCCAGCUCAACACAAGCGAGCUCGAGGCCCAGUUCCGCCGCGUCUACGAGCUGUCCGCCGCCGCCGCCAACGCUGCCUCGGAGCCCGCCGCCCCGGUCGGCUUCCUGACCACCGAGAACCGCGAUGUCUGGGCCGAUGCCCGCAAGGCCCUCGCCGAAUCCUCCCCCGUCAACGCCGAGUCCCUGGCUGCUAUUGACUCGGCCGCGUUCCUGGUCUGCCUCGACGAGGCCGCCCCCGUCACCUUUGAGGAGCGCGCCCACCAGUACUGGCACGGCAACGGCUCGAACCGUUGGUUCGACAAGCCCCUGCAGUUCAUUGUCUGCGACAACGGCACCUCGGGCUUCAUGGGCGAGCACAGCAUGAUGGACGGCACCCCCACCCACCGCCUCAACGAUUGGGUCAACGACGCCAUCUUCAAGAACAAGCUCGACUUUGACAACCCGACCGUCCGCGCCAACCUGCCCGAGCCCACCCCUGUCGAGUUCAAGGUCAACGCGGAGCUUGCCAAGACCGUCGCCGCCGCCGGCGAGCACUUCCGCGACAUCAUUGGCCGCCACGAGCUGGCCGUCCAGUCCUACCAGGGCUACGGCAAGGGCCUCAUCAAGAAGUUCAAGGUCUCGCCCGACGCCUACGUCCAGAUGGUCAUCCAGCUGGCCUACUUCAAGAUGUACGGCGUGAACCGCCCUACCUACGAGUCUGCCGCCACGCGCUUCUUCCAGCUCGGCCGCACCGAGACCUGCCGUUCUGUUUCGGAGGCCUCCGUCGCCUUCUGCAAGGCCAUGGGCGACGACAGCGCCGACGCCGCCACCAAGGAGAAGCUGUUCCGCGAGGCGGCUGCCUCCCACAUCGAGUACAUCUCGGCCGCUCUCGAUGGCUACGGCGUCGACCGUCACCUGUUCGGUCUGCGCAAGCUGCUGGACCCCAACGAGCCCGUCCCCGCCAUCUACGCCGACCCGGCCUUUGCCUACUCGAGCAAGUGGUUCCUGUCCACCAGCCAGCUGAGCUCCGAGUACUUCAAUGGCUACGGCUGGUCCCAGGUCGUCGACGAGGGCUUCGGCAUUGCCUACAUGAUCAACGAGAACAGCCUCAACUUCAACAUUGUCUCCAAGGGCCUCGGCAGCGACCGCAUGAGUUUCUACCUCAACGAGGCCGCCAACGAUAUCCGUGACCUGCUGACGCCCUCGCUCGAGACCAAGGCCAAGCUGUAA